AUGAAGCCUCUGAAUUUGUCUGUGUUUUCUAUCAUCUUUAAAGGUCCCAAGUCCCACCAGUACCUCCGAGGAGACCAGGCUCACGCUAGCAAUGCCGAAGAGGAGGAGGACGAUGACGAUAACAAUCAGUACACGUAUGAAGUCCUUCCAAGCGAAGGGCAGAGCAAGACGGUCACUGCACCCAGGCGGCAGGAGGCUGCAGAGGGCCUGUAUGUCGAUCGCCCGGCCUUGAGGCGCUUCUCUGAACCAAACAACCUCCUACAGCGAAAGCCCCGUAUGGUCUUGUUGAAGCAUGGUGCGCAUGACAGCCAUGAUGAGCAGAUGUUCAGCUGCCAGGCCAUAGAGAGAGCUCUGGAGAAAGCACAAAUAAAGAUGCCUGUUCUGCCUCCUUUUCCUCUGUCAGCCCGCCGGGUGUCCUUGCCUAUCCUGGCUCCCUCUGGGUCCCAAGCAAAAGCUGCCACAAGCAGAGAUCCUUUACCAGCUGUGAAAGACAACAAGGAGGAGUCCCACGAGGAGGAGGAGGAGGAGGAGUCCAUCUACGUGGAAUGUGAUCCCAGCGCAACCUCGGAGCCCUACAGAGAGCUUUCUUGUCCAGUCCCGAUGCAUCACGCUUGCCCGUUGAAGCAACCAAAGCCAAAGCUUUCCUCACCGGGACCCCAACAGGUCCUUGCAGAGAACUUGCCUGAGGGUGUCUGAAGAGUGGAUCCCUGGCAGAGGAUUCUGGCAUGC